UCGAGAUCGGAAACACUCCGAUCGCCGAACUACAACUCAUAUUAUUGUACAAAAUUGUUGGGAGGCUCACAAUACGAACUCCGAUUAAAUCAAUUAAAUUGGAACUGAGAACAUGGCUUCUUCCGAUCAGCAUCAAUCGCCGGAAACCACCGAUCUCCGACUGCUUAUCUUCCAUCGCUCUCCAAAAUAUGGAAAUACGUUCUUGCCCAAACUAAAAACCCUGUACCGGGUACUCGACCCGCUUGACGAAUCCGACCCAUCACUUCUACCCCUUUCCGGGUCGGUUCGGAUCAUGCUCUGUAUAGGUGCUACUCCGGUCACCUCGGACACCCUGGAUAAGUACCCUAAUUUGGAGUGCAUCGUCGGUACUAGCGCUGGCUUUGACCAUUUUGACCUCGCCGAGUGUCGCCGCCGUGGCAUUCGCGUCACCACAGCUGGAGAUUCGUUCUCCGAUAAUGUCGCUGAUUUCGCCGUCGGCCUAUUGAUUGACGUCCUCCGCCGUGUCUCUGCUGCAGAUCGAUUUGUUCGUGCUGGCUCUUGGCCUAUUAAAGGGAAAUUCCCCCUCGGUUCUAAGGUUGGUGGAAAACGAGUGGGCAUUGUAGGUUUAGGAAGCAUUGGUUCGAGGAUCAGUAAAAGACUUGAAGCCUUUGGUUGCAGCAUUGCAUACACUUCAAAGAGGAUGAAGCCCAAUGUUCCGUUUCGUUUCCAUUCUAAUAUUCAUGAUCUUGCAAUCAACAGUGAUGUUCUAAUCCUUUGUUGUUCUUUAACAAAAGAAACACACCACAUAGUUGGCAAAGAGGUGCUAACUGCACUCGGGAAAGAAGGCAUUGUUAUAAAUGUUGGACGCGGGGCACUCGUUGAUGAGAAGGAAUUGGUUCAGUUUCUGAAGAGAGGUGAGAUUGGUGGUGCUGGUCUUGAUGUUUAUGAAAAUGAACCUUAUGUACCAAAAGAUCUGUUUGUGUUGGAUAACGCGGUGCUGUCUCCACAUAUUGCUGCUUCAACUCCAGAGUCUUUUGAAGCACUUGAAGAACUAUUCACUUACAACAUACAAGCUUUCUUUUCAAAUAAACCCUUGCAGGCACAAAUCGAAUAUGACUGA